CCCAACAUGGAUUCAGCUGGUCAUGUCAUAUUCACAGCCAACAACCUGUACGCUCGUGCAAACUCCACCAACGGAACCAGCACCGAAGAGAGUCAGGACCAUGCCUCGAGACCGCCGAUCUACAAGGCUGUUGGUAUUAUCCUUGCCGUAUGCUCCGGUGUCUUCAUCGGAACCUCGUUUGUACUGAAGAAGCAUGGAUUGCUCAAGGCCAACGAAAAGUACAACGAGGCCGCUGGCGAGGGCUACGGUUACCUCAAGAACGGCUGGUGGUGGUGCGGAAUGACCUUGAUGAUUAUANNGGCUUUUGUCGAUGCUAUCCUCGUUACCCCUUUCGGAGCUCUCAGCGUAGUCAUUACAACGAUAUUGUCUGCAAUCUUUCUAAAAGAGCGUCUCAGUUUUGUCGGCAAGGUUGGUUGUUUCUUAUGUGUGGUUGGCGCCGUCGUUAUCGCAUUGAAUGCUCCUGAGCAAUCAUCUGCUGCCAAUAUCCAGCAAAUGCAACAUUUUGUCAUUGCUCCCGGCUUNUUGGCAUACACUGGAGUUGUCAUUGUUGGAUGUGCUUUUACUGCUCUCUGGGCUGGUCCCCGUUAUGGCAACAAGAGCAUGUUUGUCUAUCUCACCAUCUGCAGUCUUAUCGGUGGCCUGAGUGUUGUCGCAACUCAAGGUCUUGGUGCUGCCAUCGUUGCCGCCAUUGGUAAGACCACCCCAGUCAAUCAGUUCAAGCAAUGGUUUCUCUGGGUCUUGUUCGUCUUCGUUAUUGGAACACUAUUGACAGAGAUUAUCUAUCUCAAUGUGACGCUCAACAUAUACAAUGCCGCUCUGGUCACACCUACCUACUACGUCUACUUCACUUCUGCAACCAUCGUCACCUCGGCCAUUUUGUUCAGAGGAUUUGGCGGCAGCACAAUAGGUAUCGUGAACGUGAUCAUGGGUUUCCUAACAAUCUGCUCUGGCGUAGUGUUACUUCAGCUUGCGAAAUCGUCCAAGGACGUACCGGAUACAGCUGUCUUCAAGGGAGAUCUGGAUCAAGUACGCACCAUUGCCGAACAAGAGGAGCCAGAGAGCGAGCCACGCGCCGAUACUAUCCGUGGCGGUGCUGCAAUCGUUCGCGCCAUGAGCCGCAAGCGUACCAUGAAGCAGCUUGAUGAAGCGCGUACAAUCGCUAGCGAACAUAUGGAGCCUAUCGGAGAAGACGACUCGGUUUACUUUGAUGGCUUGCGGCGCCGCAAGACUGUCGUCGGCGGACCCAGUGGACACACCUCGUUGCGAUCAGCAAAGAUGUCUCAUCCUCCGCUCGGACUCACACACUUCCCUGACGAAAACCACACUGAUACCGACAGUGACAAUGACGUGCAUCCUGGAUUCCUUCCGCGUUUCCGUCGCAGCAAAAAGAAGCGACACCCAUCUGGAGGAGACCACUCCCUCUUAGAGAUGAAGCCGCCAAUUACUUUGAAGGCCCAAUCAAGCUUCUCGACAACAGCUGACGAAACGCCCGUACGCACACCUGCACGUGAGCACGUCUACGGCUUGCCAUCAAGUCUGCGCUCACCGAACCUCGAUUCCGACACCUCAUACAAAGGCGGCAGCGCAAUCCACUGGACAACCAGCAUCGACGAACGCGAGAGAGAACGCGCCAUGAGCNNCAAUCCAGCUCCCUCAUGCCCCCCAAACCUCCACCCCACUCANUCACGACCAGACUCCAGCAAACGCAACUUUAGUUUCCAAAAUGUCUUCCACCGCAAACAUCACGACGAACCCGCAGACGAAGGCGAGAUCCGCCCAAUCUCCCGCGGCGCAUUGAGUUUCGCCUCUCGCAAGAGCACUAGCUCCCACCAACGCCCCAACAGCCGCAACAAUGCCAGUGAGGAAGAAAGAUUAGGUCUAGUCACUGGUGACGCUUCCUCGCCCACUGGCGGCAAAGGCAAGCAACCCCAAAUCCACGACUAUGAAGCUGAAGAUGACGACUGGCUCGUCACCAGUGGUAGAAGCGAGAGCCCUGAAGAUGUCAUGGGUGAUCUUGGCCGUGUGCGGAUGGCUAGAAGCCGAAGUCGCAGUGACGAUGACAGCACCAACUACGAACGUUAUGAUGAUGAAGAGUUGGGAUAUCUGAAGCCCAAGAAGCCUAGUGGGUUUGAUUGA